AUUAGGUCAAUGACUUUGAGAUAUAUGCAUAGCGAUUUUAAAAAAAAUCGUGAAUUCAAAGAGAUUGAAUUUAAAGUACCAUGGGGUAAAAUAUCAGGUAAAUUAUGGGGUCCAGAAAAUGUACCACCAAUUUUGGCAAUUCACGGUUGGCAAGAUAAUGCUGGUUCAUUUGAUCCACUUGCUGAAUAUCUACCAGAAAAUAUAUCACUCUUGGCAAUUGAUCUACCAGGUCAUGGUUACUCCAGUUGGAUCCCCAAAGGAAUGCCAUACUCACCAAUUAUUUAUUUACAAACAAUUGAACGUGUUAAAAAAUAUUAUGGCAUGGAUAAAAUUGGACUGAUUGGACAUUCACUUGGUGAAGGAUUGAUAUUCAGCUACACAUCAUUAUAUCCAAAGAAUGUAAAAUUUGUUGUUGCAUUUGAUUAUUUUAAAGAUCCAUCAUUUAAUCCAGCCGCACAUACUUCACAUUAUACAAAAAGUUUUGAUGAAUCUUUUAAGAUGGAAAAUUGGAGUGAUGAUAAAUUACCACCUUCAUAUACUGAAACAGAUGCUAUUUCAAGGUGGAUUGCAUCAACAAAUAAAUCAUUGAAUUUCGAUACGUGUAAAAUAUUAAUGCAACGUGGUGCUACUAAAAUUCAUGAUGAUAAUGAAUAUGUUUAUUUUCUUCGUGAUCCAAGGAUUCAAUUAUUUUUAACAAAUACAGAAUUUUCACAUGAACAGUUACGACAUAUGGGUACUAGAAUUACUUGUCCAUAUAUGGCUAUAAAAAGUGAAAAUUCAGGAUAUAGUAAAAAAAAAUGAAUUUCAUUAUUUUGAUUUAUUAAAAAUCAUUGAAAAAUACUCGAGUGAUUUUAAAUCUCAUACU